AUGAAGCCUACUUCAGCCCUCGUCACUAUCGUGGCUCUCCUCGGAGGUCACGCCGCUUCCCUCCCGACGGAGCCCAGCACCCAGAACAACGCCCGAGAGAUCACUGAUGUCCAGUCUCUUCCCGCCCGCGAGUACGCCGUCGAGGAGUCUCCGUGGACAAGCGCGACUCUGAGCUUGAGACCCGCGCGUCUCACCCCCAACGCGCGCUUCAGCGCCAACUUCUACCCCAAGUUCCACACCGCCGCGCGCCCCUUUGCGCAGGCCAUCACCAUCGGUGGUCACGCCUACAUCAUGCAGGCCUGGGUUGACCUCCAGAAUCGCAUCAACAUCAUGGUCGAUGCUGCUUUCCCCGGUGUUCCUGCGCCCACUGCUGGAGUUUCCAACAAGCACGCGGCGUUUGCGGUCCUCCCCCACUUGUGGACGCUUGGAACGACCUACUUCGCCCAGGAUACCGGCGUCGAUUUUGAGCCCGGUGAUGCCUGGGCUUUCUUCUGGUACCCUUAA